AAGGCCGCUGCGGGGAGAACAGAAACCAAGUUCCCCGGCAACUAGCAGCAUCCACCGGGCGGGAGGUCGGAGGCAGCAAGGCCUUAAAGGCUACUGAGUGCGCCGGCCGUUCCGUGUCCAGAGCGUCCCCUACUCCUCCGCCUUCUCUUCCUUGGCCGCCCACCUCCAAGUUCCGACUCGGGUUUUCGCGUUUGCAAAGCCUAAGGAGGAGGUUAGGAAGAGCCGCGCCCCCCUCCCUGCGGCCGCCGCCUCCUGCUUCUCGGCUCUGCUCCCUGCCGCGUGCGCCUGGGCCGUGCGCCCCGGCAGGCCCCAGCCAUGUCGAUGCUGCCGUCGUUUGGCUUUACGCAGGAGCAAGUGGCAUGCGUGUGCGAGGUUCUGCAGCAAGGCGGAAACCUGGAGCGCCUGGGCAGGUUCCUGUGGUCACUGCCCGCCUGCGACCACCUGCACAAGAACGAGAGCGUACUCAAGGCCAAGGCGGUGGUCGCCUUCCACCGCGGCAAUUUCCGUGAGCUCUACAAGAUCCUGGAGAGCCACCAGUUCUCGCCUCACAACCACCCCAAACUGCAGCAACUGUGGCUGAAGGCGCAUUACGUGGAGGCCGAGAAGCUGCGCGGCCGACCCCUGGGCGCCGUGGGCAAAUAUCGGGUGCGCCGAAAAUUUCCACUGCCGCGCACCAUCUGGGACGGCGAGGAGACCAGCUACUGCUUCAAGGAGAAGUCGAGGGGUGUCCUGCGGGAGUGGUACGCGCAUAAUCCCUACCCAUCGCCGCGUGAGAAGCGGGAGCUGGCCGAGGCCACCGGCCUCACCACCACCCAGGUCAGCAACUGGUUUAAGAACCGGAGGCAAAGAGACCGGGCCGCGGAGGCCAAGGAAAGGGAGAACACUGAAAACAAUAACUCCUCCUCCAACAAGCAGAACCAACUCUCUCCUCUGGAAGGGGGCAAGCCGCUCAUGUCCAGCUCAGAAGAGGAAUUCUCACCUCCCCAAAGUCCAGACCAGAACUCGGUCCUUCUGCUGCAGGGCAAUAUGGGCCACGCCAGGAGCUCAAACUAUUCUCUCCCGGGCUUAACAGCCUCGCAGCCCAGUCACGGCCUGCAGGCCCACCAGCAUCAGCUCCAAGACUCUUUGCUCGGCCCCCUCACCUCCAGUCUGGUGGACUUGGGGUCCUAAGUGGGGAGGGACUGGGGCCUCGAAGGGAUUCCUGGAGCAGCAACCACUGCAGCGACUAGGGACACUUGUAAAUAGAAAUCAGGAACAUUUUUGCAGCUUGUUUCUGGAGUUCUUUGCGCAUAAAGGAGUGGUGGACUUUCACAAGUAUCUUUUUAAAAAUCAAAACCAACAGCGAUCUCAAGCUUAAUCUCCCUCUUCUCUCCAACUCUUUCCACUUUUGCAUUUUCCUUCCCAAUGCAGAGAUCAGGGGAAAAAAAAAAAAAAACCCAAACAAACAAAAGCACCCAGGCACCCAGUCUCAGUUCUGGGCAACUGAUACGCCUGUUUCAGCAGGCUUUCUUUUUUUUCAAUGAACAGGAAUUGCAAAUCAACUCGAUUUUCAUUAUUUCCUUUUAAUUUAUAUAUGGAGAAAUGUGUUGUGAAGAGGAAAAGGAAAUGGAGAAAGAAAGGGAGAUAAAAAUAGUGAAAAUAAGAGCCUCCAGGCUCGGAAGAACUGAUUACAUUCUUAAGGUGAAUAGGAAAAAUACAAUCUAUAACUUUCUUUGAUGAGGAGAAAUUAAGUUUACAUUUUUCAUAUUUAGUGUUAAACAAUUUAAUGUAGAUUAAAAUAAAAGAACAGUAUUAGGAGGAAAAAACAAGUGCCUAAAUGUCUUAAUGCUCUCUACGUGAGACAGAAAUAGACGUGACCAUUAGUAAUGCAACUAUUUUUGUCAAAUUUAGUGGGAUUUUUUGGUUGUUGUUUGUUUUCUUGGGUUUUUUUUUUUUAAUGACAAACUCUAAAAAUGUACCAAUGUGAAAAAACACUUUCCUGAAUGCCAUUACUCAUGCCCUCAAAGCUUUCAUAUCUGUAGCCUACUCCUGUUAAGGGUUUCUCCUGUUUCUAGUUUCUAGUUUGCAAAGGUAUGCCAACGAAUCUGGCAACCUGGUAUUUGUUACUAAAACAGCAUGUGUUUUCAGGUUUCUUUUCUAUUGUACCUAAAGCAGUCUAAAUUAAAACUUAGUAGAACACCA